GCCGCAGCUCAUCGGAAAAUAGACGCAUCGUCCCUCGAUCCGCCGCUUAUCCAACUCUCCACACCCCUCCCCCUUCUCCGUCCCCCAUUCUCUAUUCGCCCUCUGCGCAGGGGUACUGCACGUAGUUGAAUCUCAGUCCUGCCUGGAGAGCCACCACCGACCACACCAAACUGGACUACUGGGACUCUAUUACAAGAAUAAAUCGGCAGCCGAGGGGGUUAGCAACAGAGCAAGAAAGCGACGGAGGUAGAAUAGGAACGGCGAACGACCCGUGAAUAUUCCAAAAUCCGAGGAGUGAUGAGCCGCAGUAUCGUACGUCAGAGUAAGUUCAGACAUGUCUUUGGCCAGGCGGCCAAGUCGGAGCAGUGCUAUGACGACAUCCGCGUCUCCAAGGUGACGUGGGACAGCUCUUUCUGCGCCGUCAACCCCAAGUUCUUGGCCGUGAUCGUGGAGUCCAGCGGCGGGGGGGCCUUCCUCGUCUUGCCACUCUCAAAGGCAGGUCGCGUGGACAAGAACUACCCCCUGGUGGUGGGACACACGGGCCCCGUGCUGGACAUUGACUGGUGUCCCCACAAUGACAACAUCCUGGCCAGCGCCUCCGAGGACUGCACCGCCAUGGUCUGGCAGAUCCCUGACCACACCCCCACACGGGCGCUGUCAGAGGCAAUCGUGACCCUGGAAGGGCACUCCAAACGUGUGGGAAUCGUCAGCUGGCACCCCACUGCCCGCAAUGUUCUCCUUACUGCAGGCAGUGAUAAUUUGAUCAUCAUCUGGAACGUGGGCACGGGGGAGCCCCUGAUCUCCAUGGACGACCACCCCGACCUCAUCUACAACGUCAGCUGGAACCACAACGGCAGCCUCUUCUGCACCACCAGCAAGGACCGCAGGCUGCGCGUCUGUGACCCCCGCAAGAGGGAAGUGGUGGCGGAGAGGCUGGCUCCUCACGAGGGCAUCAGGCCAAUGCGCGCCAUCUUCACCAGAGAGGGGAACAUCUUCAGCACAGGAUUCACCCGCAUGAGCCAGAGAGAGCUGGGGCUUUGGGACCCGACAAAUUUUGAGGAGCCUAUUGCCCUGCUGGAAAUGGAUACAAGCAAUGGAGUCCUGUUGCCAUUUUACGAUCCUGACACCAACAUAGUUUACCUGUGUGGAAAGGGUGACAGCAGUAUCCGGUAUUUCGAGAUCACAGAAGAGCCCCCUUACGUGCACUACCUCAGCACCUUCAGCAGCAAGGAGCCCCAGAGGGGCAUGGGCUUCAUGCCCAAGAGAGGGGUGGAUGUCAGCAAGUGUGAGAUCGCCAGGUUAUACAAACUCCAUGAGAGGAAGUGUGAGCCAAUCAUGAUGACAGUUCCUAGAAAGUCGGACCUGUUCCAGGACGAUCUGUACCCCGACACCGCAGGCCCAGAACCAGCCAUGGAGGCCGAGGAGUGGCUGGAGGGGCGGGACGAGGACCCCAUUCUCGUGUCCCUGCGGGGCGGCUACAUCCCCCCCAAGAGCAGGGAGCUCAAGGUGGCCAAGAAGAACGUUCUGGACUCCCGGCCUGCUGCAAAACGGAGCAUGUCAGCCUGCGACGGCAGCAACCUGCCGCCUCAAUUACUAGAGAAGCUCCUGGAGGAGGUUCAGAUGCUGAAGGCCACAAUCCUGUCUCAGGAAAAACGAAUCUGUGACCUGGAGAACAAGCUCUCCAAAUACACCAAUGGCACCGCAUAACUCCAUUCAAGCUCCACCCCCUCCCCUGCUUCCUCAUCUCAUGACCCCCCCCCCCCCCCCCAGCCUUUAGGAUUGCACUGCCUGACCUGACCCCAUCCACCACCCAUAUUAUACCCUCCCUAAAUUACACCCCUGCCCCCCCCACCUCCCUUCCCCCUGCCCGACGGCACUGCUGAAUUGUUUUUUAUUGUGGUGAAAUAUAAGCAUGUAACUGAAGGAUACCAUGGCAGUGGUGUGUACAUACACUUGCUACUCUUUAUAACUCCGUCAUCACUAGUCUAGAGCCCUGACGCUACACACUGCAGCCCAGACUCAUACCUCAACCUCAGGGAUAAUUCAACAGGAAUAGGACGUUGCUGACAUCACACAGAAACAAGAGAGGAGCUUUGCUAAUCAUGGAGUACAUUGCUAAUAAGAAACAGGACAGUGCCAGUGGUGAUUGCUGGAUACUUUCUAACUAUACUUCAGGGGCUCCUUAACAGUAUCUAGGCAGUAUAUCCAAAGAUAUCCACCAAUUAUCACUGCCAAUGUUUUAUUUGUUGUUACAAACAUACCUUGUGAUUGGUGGAGCUCAUUUCUGGCUUCUGUGGAAAAGCUGAUGGCACCAAUAUCCUAUUCCUUUUUUAUCAUCUCUGCUUAAAAUAUAGCCUCCCAAGCCUUCAUCCUACUGCCCUAAGAACAAGACAAAGACUGGACCUUUUGCAAAUGAUGAACAGAAUAUUGUAAAUAUUAAUGGAAAUGACAAGAAAAAUUUGAAAAACUAAAGUUACUUUGAAAAACAAACAAAACCAUAAAAUGACUAAAAAGAAGUUAGUUCUGUGUGUGUUCUGUAAAGGAUUGUCUGAGAGACACGAUAACAUCAAUAAAGAGCAAAGUUUUUUAAAAGAUUACAUUUCUAUUUUCUUGGCAGACCCUUUCUAUGCAAGUCAUAAUGAUAGGCAUAGUUGCCUAGUAGCCAUCUACACAAGCACAAUACAGCCAAAGACGGAUUUUAGUACAAAGCAAUAUAGUGGAAAGUUUUAAAAUAGCAGUUAGGUUCCUUUAUUUAUGUGAGCGAAAAUCAGUGUUAUUCUCAAUUCUUGGGGCCAAACUAUGGAAUCAGACAGUGAAACUUGUAUAGUAUGCUGUACGUGUACAUUUGAUGUAGGCCAGUUAGACAGGAGAUGAAUAGUCCUGGUCUGGCCUGUCUUUGAAUGAGAAGUGAAUCCUACAAUAAAGCCACGUUUUUGGAAA